AAUUCACUUUUGUUUCUCGGGAGGAAUUUUCCUUGGUCAACUCACGCGCUCUGCCACCGCCACCCCAUUGCUGUUUGUGUUUUUUCAGCUGCCUUCUGUGGUAGAUAAAUUUGGUCACAUUCGAUAAACCCCAUAGUAAUAAUUACCCCUUUUAGAUUUAUUGGUUCUUGGACGAGAACUCGAAUUCCUUAAAUAUUGGGCUUUGGCCUAAAAUUUGAAAGUGGGUCACCGAGAUUCUUGGUAAGAGGUCUAUGAUUGAAACAUUUGAGGGGUUGUAUUGAAAAAGUUGAAUUGGUUUUGUGGUAAAUGCUGUAAAGACUUGACCUUUGUCCCAAACUGGAGGAGAUUUCUGGUACAGGGUAUAAAAGAAGUGGUUUUUGUUCCUAAUCUGGGGUUGCUGGUUUGAUGAUAUGAGAAGGAGUGAAGGCAUUUGGGAUACUGAUUCAAGAACAAAUGGGAGUCAGAGGGGGGCUUGGUGUAAUUGCAUCUUUGGUUCUGCUUUUAGUUUUAAUUGCAACAUGUCUUGGAAGCAAGAAAGCUGCACCAGAAUCUUCACUUGCAAGUCUGGUCAACUUAAUGGAGAGGAAUCAGGAUGUGGCUGAGCUGUUGAUGGCAAACUGUAGGUUGGAGUUGAUGCGUGCCAAUGAAGCUGUUGAAGAGUCGAGUGAAGUUAUUGUGAAUGGUAGGUCAUUAGCCAAAUCAGAUGCACAGAAAUUUCUUACGGUGUUAAAUCCCAAGGUUGAGAGGACUCUUUUGGAAUGUUUAAGGAAGAAAGAUCUCGUGUUCCUUGAAUCUGGAGAAGAGAAAGAUUCAAAGAAUUGGUACAUUAGGUAUCUGGAUUUCAUAUACACCAGACCUGGUGCUUCUAGAGGACGGAGAUUGAUUCAGAGCUUUGGAGAAGCUCCUGCCCCGUCCCCUGCACUGCCAUCACCUGCUCCAGCUCCUUCAAUACCUGUAGUUCCCAAACCGCAGCUAAGUACUAGCCCCCCAUCACCUCCAUUCUUCCCACCAGAUUCUAGCAAUUCAAACUUACAUCGUACUCCCAGUGCAAAGCCUUCUUUAGGCCCAAGUUCUUCUUCUGAUGUACAGGCAAAUAAGCAACAUGGUACCAGCAAAACAGUUGUCAUAGCUGUUGCUGUGACUGCAGCAGCAACAUUUGUUAUUUCUGCAGUGCUCUUUUUAUGCUGUCGUAGAUUUUGCAGGAGAGGCUCUGGAGUUGGAAAAAAUGAUGAGAGGCCUCUUCUCAAUUUAAGCUUAAGUGACUACUCCGUCGCCUCUCCAAACAAGUCAUUCACUUUAAGUUCUUCAAUAAAUAAUGAGAAGCCUUCUAAUCAGUCAUUCUACAACUCAAAUCAUAAGAUGACUGGUGAUUUCAACAUGGACUCUCAUUUGCAGACUGAUUCAAAAAUUGAGAUUCCACUUGGAACUGCUGCCGGAGGUGGAAUUACAUUAGCUGAGAAUUCUUCGCAGAUACUUGGGAGAUCAGAACCAACUGGUUUACCUCCCCUGAAGCCUCCCCCUGGUAGGGCAAAUUCUCUUGGACUUCCUACUGGUCCUGGUAAAGCACCUCCUCCCCCUCCUGCACCAUCAGCUCCGCCGCCUCCACCUCUAAGACCUGGUGGCCCACGUCCUCCUGCCCCAGCUCCACCUCCUCCACCUACUAUACCUUCUCCUACUAGGAAUGGCCCUCGUCCACCUCCACCACCACCACCAGGUGGUAGUGGGGCACCACCUCGGCCCCCACCCUUAGGUCUAAAGCCUACUCGUCCACCUCUUGGAUCGAGUAAUUUGUCAACUUCUGCCAAUGUUGAAGAUGCUGAUGCUCCUAAAGCUAAGCUGAAGCCUUUCUUCUGGGAUAAGGUUCUGGCUAACCCUGACCAUUCUAUGGUCUGGCACCAAAUCAAAUCGGGAUCAUUCCAGUUUAAUGAAGAGAUGAUAGAGUCUUUAUUUGGUUAUGCUCCUGCUGAAAGAAACAGGAAUCAGCGCAAGGAGUCUGCAGCCCAAGAUGCUGCAAACCAAUAUAUCCAAAUUAUUGAUCCCAAAAAAUCUCAGAACCUUUCAAUCCUUCUUAAAGCAUUAAAUGUGACAACAGAAGAAGUUUGUGAUGCACUUCAAGAAGGAAAUGAACUUCCUUCUGAACUCAUUCAAACAUUGCUAAAGAUGGCACCGACAACUGAUGAAGAACUGAAGUUGAGAUUAUAUAGUGGUGACCUUUCUCGUCUUGGGCCUGCUGAGCGCUUCCUUAAAGUUUUGGUGGAUAUACCAUGUGCUUUUAAAAGAUUAGAAUCAUUACUGUUUAUGUGUAUUCUUCAAGAGGAGGCAUCUCUGGUAAAAGAGUCCUUUGCAACCUUGGAGGCUGCUUGCACGGAACUCCGGAAAAGUAGAUUGUUUCUUAAGCUCCUUGAGGCUGUUCUUAAGACUGGAAAUCGCAUGAAUGAUGGCACAUUUCGUGGUGGUGCACAGGCAUUCAGACUCGACACACUUUUGAAAUUGUCAGAUGUGAAAGGAAUUGAUGGGAAAACUACACUUUUGCACUUUGUUGUUCAGGAGAUAAUUCGUUCAGAAGGUGUACGAGCUGCCCGUGCAGCUAGAGAGAUGCGGAGCAUGUCCAGCAUUAAGUCUGAUGAUCUAAUUGAGGUUUCUUCACAUGAUACAGAAGAGCAGUUUCGAAGUAUGGGUUUGCAGGUGGUGGCAAAUUUAGGAAAUGAACUUGAAAAUGUCAAAAGAGCUGCAAUUCUGGAUGCUGAUAGCUUAACUGGAACAGUUGCUAAACUUGGUCACGCUCUAAUUAAAGCCCGAGAUUUCUUAAAUGCAGAAAUGAAGAACGUGGAUGAAGAAAAUGGGUUUCGUCAAACACUGGAAAGCUUUGUGCAGAAUGCUGAGGUCGACAUCAUGUGGUUGCUUGAGGAAGAGAAGAGAAUCAUGGCUUUAGUAAAGAGCACUGGAGAUUACUUUCAUGGAAAUGCCGGGAAGGAUGAGGGUUUGAGAUUAUUUGUUAUAGUAAGAGACUUCCUGAUAAUAUUGGACAAGGUGUGCAAAGAGGUCAAAAGUGCCCCAAAAAACCUGAAUAAACCUCGGAGAAGCGAAGAUGCUACAAGUGCAUCUUCAGACCCACGGCAAAAUUCUGUCCCUGAUCCUCGUCAACGGCUCUUUCCUGCUAUAGCAGAGAGGCGGAUGGAUAGUUCUAGUUCAGAUGAUGAAACGUCGUAGUGUGGAGAUAGGAGACCAAGAGAAUGAUGCAAUGCUGAUUCUUUUAUCAAACCACCUUCUGUAAAUGAUGAUGCCAAAGUUUGGUUGAAAGGUGUUUGAACUCAUGGCAAUAUGCUUUUUGUGCACCCAGCAGUUUGCAGCGCAGUAGAUGCCUGACAGAAAUUUGAAGCUAACGGAGGAAUGUUUGCUAACGCUAGUGUUGUAUGGAAGGAGUAGCUGAUGUAUAUGUCUGUAGUAGUGAAUCACUAGUUAGGAAGUUAAAUUUCUUAGCUUGUCAUUCUUGAUCAAUUUUGACAUAACAAUUUGUUCAAUUUUGUUGUCCUGUUUAGAAGAGUUGGUAUUGGACAAUUAGAUUUUGUAUAUCUUACUCAGACAUUGCUCAUGUAACUUCUUUACUGAUACUUAGAGAACUUGUAGUUGAGAUCA